AUGGCUCUGCACCUCCCAGCGCACACUCUCAGCGAUGAGGAGCCCUCGCCCGUCACCGCCGUCCACGUCAACAGCGACGGGUCCCUCUUCGCAACCUCGACCACUCGCGGCUGGGUCGUCUACCGCACCAACCCGCUCGAAGUCGUAACUAGGAGGGAUCUCCCCGACUCGUCCCUCAAGAUCGUCCUCCCUCUCGAACGGACCAACCUCCUCUUCCUCGUCGGCGGUCCGCCUUCUCCUCUCUACCCACCCAACAAGGUCGUCUUCUGGGACGACAAGGCGAAGCAGGCGGUCGCUGAGCUCGAGUUCAGGGAAGAAGUCCUCGGACUCGCUGCUCGGAGGGACAGGCUCGUCGUUGCUCUCAAGCGAAGAGUACUCGUCUUCGUGCUUGGCGGGGGUGCGACGGGCAUAUGGAGGGAGGGCGUGUACGAGACGACUGACAACCCGAAGGGCCUCGUCGCUCUCGCUACGAAGCCCGGCUCGACGCUCCUCGCCUUCCCCGGUCGCCAGCCUGGCCAGAUACAACUUGUCCGCCUCCCUCCCCUCGACCCUCUCAUGCCGCCUCUCCCUCCUCCGCCUUCACACGAUCCUACCUCUGCGCCGUACCCCUCAAUCUCGAUCAUCCUUGCACACACAACCUCCCUCGCCGCGCUCUCCACCACACCCGACGGAUCGCUCAUCGCCUCUGCCAGCAACAAAGGCACGCUCGUCCGCGUCUGGGACGCACAGACGAGCUACCUCGUCAAAGAGCUGCGACGCGGGACUGACUGGGCGCAGAUCUUUGGGAUCAGCUUUAGAGCAGAUGGAGGUGCGGUCGCGGUCAGUAGCGAUAAGGGCACGGUGCAUGUGUGGAAUUUGAAGCGGACGAAGGAGGAGAGGCAGGCGGAGCGAGGAACCGACAGCGGCUCGUCUACUCCUCGGCAGAAGCAGCUCUCCCUCCUCAAGCCCUACCUCCCGAAAUACUUCUCCUCCGAAUGGUCGCACUCCCAGUUCCGCCUCCCUCCUCCCGCGCCCCCCGCUUCUCGCCUCCCAUUCUCCCUCUCGAACCCCUCGCCCUACCCUGCUACGCCGUUCACGCCUGCUCCGAAGGAGGGAGAAGGCCGCGCGCAGCCGUUGACGGUGGAGGAUGAUGUGUGUCUUUGUGCGUGGGUUGAGGUGGAGGUCGAAGGAGAGGAGGACGUCGCCGCACCCGCACCCGAAACCGCACCGUCGGCCGACUCGUCGAACCGCCGCACCUCGACCUCCUCAUCCGUCCGCCCGUCCUCGUCUUCCUCCACCCAGCCUACUCGCGCCCGCCCAACGUCGACGCACGAGAAAGAAAACCUUCGCACGCACCCUCCUCCCUCGCGUCCAUCCACAAUCACCGGGGCAACUCCCUACACUCCCUCCUCACCUCACCACGCUCCAGAGGCGCGCAAGAAGAAGACGGAAAGCCAGCUGGUCGCUAUCACGCAUAGCGGAGGGUGGUACAGGAUUGCCUUUGAUCCGUCUUCGGGUGUGGAGGAGAAGGGCGGAAAGGGGAAGGGGAAGGAGAAGGUGGAGGGAGGGGCAGCGAGCGGGUCGAGAACGCCGCGCUCUUCGGCCGCUGGGAGGCGAACUUCGUCGUCGACCGCGGGUGGAAAGAAGCGCGAGGAUGGGCCGGUUGGGUUGGGCAAGGACUCGACGAGCGAUUGUCGGUUGGUCGAGUAUCGCCGCUUUGGGGGCGACAAGGACGGGUGGUGA